AUGGCCCUCGUUCCAAGCAGGACCCUCGUCUCCGACCAAGGCGCGUUUGCCUUGGGCUUCUUUUCCCCUUCCAACGCAACAGGGAAGAUGUACGUCGGCAUAUGGUUCAACGACAUCCCGCAGCGCAACCGCACCGUCGUGUGGGUCGCCAACCGCGACGAGCCCAUCACAGACGCCUCAUCGGCGAUGCUCGCUGUGGCCGACGACUCCGGCCUCGUCCUGUCCGAAACCGACGGCCGCCGCGAACUCUGGAAGGCGAACACGGCCACGCUGUGGCAGAGCUUUGAGAACCCGAGCGACGCCAUCCUCGCCGGCAUGCCGCUCCGGACGAGCCACAGGACGCGCCCGCCGUCACGGGUUGUCUCCUGGAGGGGCCCCGAAGACCCGUCCAGAGGCGCCUUCUCCGUCGGGGCGGACCCUGACUCUCCACUACAGCUCUUCCUCUGGAACGGGUCCGUGCCGCACUGGCGUGCGGCGGUGUGGCAUCCAACAUGCAACUGCAGGGCGUGA